GCGUCUGUAACGUUGAAAGGACAGAAAUGAUUGCAAUGGAAAGUUGUUUCCGUGAAUUGGAUUUUGAUCUGUGAUUUGACUAGUUUGUCAUCGGUGAUGCAAAUACGGAGUGGUGGUUUGUUAAGGAUGUUACAAACUUGGAUGCACUUAUAAAUUGAAUAAUUUAUAUUUUGUGUAUUGUUCGAAUCUCAAAGGUUUGGAUUUCAGUUCUUAGAAUGUCACUCAGCGUCAAGAAUACGAGAACAUGUGGCAUUAAUUUGUUAUCUGAGCUGUCAAAAUAUUUUGGGCAUCCGCAAUUUAAAAGUGAUUUGCAGAGACAGGCUACUGAAGCAGUACUAAGAAGAAAUCAAGAUGUGUUUAUAUCAAUGCCAACAGGAUCAGGGAAGUCCUUAUGCUUUCAGCUUCCAGCAGUCCUUCAACAAAAUAAAGUGGCUAUUGUUUUUUCACCCUUGCUGGCUUUAAUAAAGGAUCAAAUUGAUCAUCUCCAUGAACGGAAGAUUAUUGCUUGUUCCAUCAACUCUAAAAUGAGUACCAAGGAAAGAAUUCAAGUGAUAAAUGAUCUGAAAUGCAAAUGUCCGCGUACUCAGCUUCUUUAUGUUACUCCAGAACAAGCCAAUACACACACAUUCAAGGUCCUAAUAGAUGAGCUUUACAACUUCAGCAAGCUGUCUUACAUCAUUGUGGAUGAAGCUCAUUGUGUUAGUCAGUGGGGUCAUGAUUUCAGACCACAUUACUUGAAAUUAGGCAAGCUUCGGAGCAAAUACAAGGAUAUUCCAUGGGUAGCUUUGACUGCCACUGCAAGUACUGAGGUUGUUGUUGACAUCAUUAAGCAUUUGCAGCUACAGAAACCAGUUGGGAAAUACAAAUUCCCAUGCUACCGUUCAAAUUUGUUUUAUGAUGUUGUAUUUCAAAAUGCAAUGGCAAACCCAUUUGAAGAUUUGAAGGAUUUCAUCCAUGAUCAGCUCAGUGAUGAUCCUGAGGUAGAAAAACAGAGAAACAGAGGUUGUGGAAUAAUUUAUUGUCGCACUAGAGACGCUACAGAAGAAGUAGCAAGGUACCUGACUCUUAAAGGUGUGCGGACAAUAGCAUAUCAUGCAGGAUUGCGUAUAAAGGAAAGGAUACAAAUACAGGAGGACUGGAUGGCUGGAAAGUAUCCAGUAAUAAGUGCUACUGUUAGUUUUGGGAUGGGUGUCGAUAAAAGCUCUGUGAGAUUCGUUGUCCACUGGUGUGUACCACAGAAUAUGGCGUCCUAUUACCAAGAAUCUGGACGUGCAGGUCGAGAUGGGAAGCCAUCUCAUUGUCGGAUAUAUUAUUCCAAGAAAGAAAGGGAGACUGUGAAUUUUCUUCUUCAAAAGAAUAUAAAAACUGCCAAGACACCUUCCGGUACAGAGAAAGCAACCUAUGCUUAUAAGGGUUUUAAAAAGAUGGUGGAGUACUGUGAAGAAGUAAAAUGCAGGCAUUGUAGUUUUGCUACUUUUUUUGGUGAUGAACCUCCUCCCUGUAAGACACAGAAGCAAUGUGAUGUAUGCAAAAAUCCGAGGAAUGUUGAAAAAUAUAUUGAAGAGUUCUACAAAAAUUUGUCUAACGGUACUAUCCUCAUGCUGAGAGGUGAUGGAGCAGAUCUGUAUGGUGAAGGAAGGCGGGGCGCAAAGAGAGAAGCUGAAUAUUAUGAGUCAGAAGAGAAAGAGCGACAUGAAAAAAAGGCAAAAAAACAAUUGCAAGAUUUAAUCCAGAAGCAGUUUUCCCUGCGCCGUAAAUCAUCUUGUCAAGAGAAUGAGGAGACUUCAGCAAAAUACUCCAGGGUUCGUGCAGCUGACAGUACAGGAGUCAAAGUCAAUGGAUUGACAGUUAGUGUACGAGAAUCCUACUUAAGUCUGUUGGUUGAGAAUCUGAAGAAAAACUAUGAACGGUGUCACAUGGUAGAUCCUUCUCAGCAUUCUCUUUCCACCGCUGAUAUAGAAAUAUGUGCCAUUGACAUGGAGUAUGAAGCUUUUACAUCCAACAAGGUAGCAAGUUUAUACCGAAGAGUGAUAGUGAAAUUGAUAGCCGAUAUUAAAAAGGAUAUAGAAUUAAUGUCACUUUAUCAGAAGCUGAAGGAAUUCAAACCCAGAGGAAACCUAUCACUGCAUGAUGCAGUGGCUCAGGUGAAGAGUAACCUUAAAAAUGGGGAUGAGAACAAGAACAAGUUGAUGGAAAUUGUACCUGCAUCUCAACUUCUUACUAAGAAUGAUACUCAUAGAUCAAAACAAGUGCUUAAUAAGGUGGCAAAGAAUAAAAGAUGUCCUAGAAAAAUAUCAAGUUUAAAUGUGGAUUCUUUGUCACAGCAGUGUAUAGAAUCUUAUUUCAAAAAGGUUGAAUCUGGUUGUUCAGAAGUUGAUAGUGGGAAGUCUACUGAAGAAAGUACAUUGACUGAUUACAAGGAGAGUGAUGGUUCUAGUAAUAUUAGCUCAAGUGAAAGCAGUAGUAGACAGUCUCUUCGAAACAUUCCUUUCAUGGCAGAAGAUGUGGAUGGUUCCGACUCUACACAAGAAUUUGACUGUGAAGAAUACAAUGAAGAGGAAAUAUUGAACAGUGAUGAUGAAAUUGAAUUCGUACGAGAAUCCUACUUAAGUCUGUUGGUUGAGAAUCUGAAGAAAAACUAUGAACGGUGUCACAUGGUAGAUCCUUCUCAGCAUUCUCUUUCCACCGCUGAUAUAGAAAUAUGUGCCAUUGACAUGGAGUAUGAAGCUUUUACAUCCAACAAGGUAGCAAGUUUAUACCGAAGAGUGAUAGUGAAAUUGAUAGCCGAUAUUAAAAAGGAUAUAGAAUUAAUGUCACUUUAUCAGAAGCUGAAGGAAUUCAAACCCAGAGGAAACCUAUCACUGCAUGAUGCAGUGGCUCAGGUGAAGAGUAACCUUAAAAAUGGGGAUGAGAACAAGAACAAGUUGAUGGAAAUUGUACCUGCAUCUCAACUUCUUACUAAGAAUGAUACUCAUAGAUCAAAACAAGUGCUUAAUAAGGUGGCAAAGAAUAAAAGAUGUCCUAGAAAAAUAUCAAGUUUAAAUGUGGAUUCUUUGUCACAGCAGUGUAUAGAAUCUUAUUUCAAAAAGGUUGAAUCUGGUUGUUCAGAAGUUGAUAGUGGGAAGUCUACUGAAGAAAGUACAUUGACUGAUUACAAGGAGAGUGAUGGUUCUAGUAAUAUUAGCUCAAGUGAAAGCAGUAGUAGACAGUCUCUUCGAAACAUUCCUUUCAUGGCAGAAGAUGUGGAUGGUUCCGACUCUACACAAGAAUUUGACUCUCUAGAAGGUGAAAUUGUAGAUAAUGAAAUGGGUAUAAUAUGUCAGAGUUUAUCACAGGAUAAUGAGUAUUUAAAUAGGACUGUAGUGAAAACAGAAGUAUGUAUGAAUAUUGAACAUAAAAAUAAUGGUGAUAUGUGUUUGGUUAAGAAAGAGAUGACAGCUGACCUUUCCAGAGUUAAAAUAGAAAAUUCUUGCAUGACAUCAAGAGAAGGAUAUAAUCAGCCACUGUACACUGAAUCUUGUAACUUUAGAGUGAAACAAGAAAAACAAAUCUCUCAUGUUGUGGCUGCUGUGAAGACUAAUCAUGGGAAGGAAACCAUGACAGAGAAUUGUAAACAGACAGAGAAGAAGAGGAAACAAUCACAGGGCCUGCUUGGAGAUAAGAGUGAUGAUGAAAUGUGUCUAGAAUUGGUGCUUGGUGAUCAGAGAGGUUCUAAGCACAAUAACUUAUCCUUAAGUGUUUCACUUAAACCAGAAAGAGACAGUAGUUUAACACAUGACAAGGUACAGACAAAUAAAAUGGAUAAAUUGUCAUUCCCUUUGAAGAAUACAAGUAAUAACUAUAAUAUUAAGGAAGUGUGUGAAGUGCAGGAAGUUACAUUCACACCUGUGAACAAAAGUUCAAAAUAUCAUAAUGUACAAAACACUUCAGAACAUCUCAAGGAUAAGCAGGAUGAUAUGCAAAGCAAUGAUAAUGAUACUGCCAAAGUGAGUAGGCAGAUUGUAGCAGACACUGUGGUAAAACAUCUUAUGCCAUUCUACAAGGAGAAGAGGAUAGCGUCAAGGGAUUUGUUCAAAUUGUUAGCCCGGCAACUGGCGCAACACUUACUUGAACACUGUAGAACAGAUGAAGCAACUGUGAAGAAGUUUGUUGAUGUUUUCUUUAAGACCCACAAAACUGUCAGCACUGAAUCAGAUGUGUGUAUUCCACUUGAGAAGUAAAAGGUUCACUUAAUUGGAUUAAUGGCAUUGCAUUCUUAGAA